AACAGCUGCAACAGCUGUUUUAUGAGUUAGUCACCCUGUGCGACGCUUACACAAAGUAAUAAACAAAUUUUUGCAAAAAAAUGUCUGCUGAUAAUAUGGGAGUAGUUGCAGCCACUCUUGACAAAUAUGGUGAAGAAGACUUCAUUACCGUGCUAGUACGCUAUGGACUUUUUGUGGGCGCCAUAUUUCAAUUUGUUUGCAUAUCUGCAGCGGUGUUAAUGAGUGGUAACGAUUCACAGGACACAAUUGAGGACGAGUCACGCCUCAUCGAUGAGCCAGCACAGGGCAACGGCAACGCAGCCCGGCGUCUGCACAAAAUACGUAAACUGGAGAAGAAAAAGCGACGUUAGGUGCAUUUAGUUUUAUACUACUACAUUUAAAAGUAUUUUUAAUAG